CGGAUCUCUUUUCAUCAGACCGAAAAUCCAAUAGUGAAAGUCUUAUCAACGACAUGGAGACACUAUAUAUCUGAGGACGAAAAAAGAGUAGUUUAUCUUCCGCGUCUUCUUCUCUCCGGUAUCAUGCUGCUGAUUCUUUGCGUUAUCAUUCUUGUGCAUUCUACAGCAAGUUGGGCAGGUGAUCCUUGUCCACCAAAGGGGGAGCUUCCUCACUGUACUUGCACUCGCAAGCCAAUAGAAAUUGCUUCUGAGCCUUUAAUUAAUGUAACUACAUUAGUUCCCCUAAGACCUCAGAGAUCUGUGAAGACUGCCGAAACUCCAUUUCCGGAGCAUCCAAACAAUACAGCAUUUUAUACGAUAGUGGACUGUAAAGUUUCAAAAUCUUUGGUUGCUUUGGAGGAAGCUGUCGCCACCGCUCUGAACAGAAAAUGGGUGGACAAACUAAUCGUUACCAAUGUCCCACCAAAAAAUGAGCAUACUCUUGCCAGAUUACCAAAAAGCUGGCUCAAGAACGUGCGCGUCAAACAGUUUGAGGUUCGUGAUUCCGUACUGUCGGGAGAUUUCAUCUGGUAUGGCAAUCCUUUCGAAGGACAAGCCCAGAGUCUUCUUUGGUUUACGGCAACUCGCUGUUACCUCACCGGUGCUCUUACUUAUGAAACGGCCGGAACUGUCAACACUCGGGGCCUGAAUUCUCUUCCCCGAAUUGAAGGGAUAGACCUGACCUACAAUCACUUGACCGUAAUUACGGCUACAGCUUUUCGAUAUCCUCCCACAAAUUUAACUUCCGUUGAUCUGUCCCAUAACAGUAUUCAAAGUAUCGAAAGUAGCACUUUCCAUUAUUCACCGUUUCUGAAACAAGUAAAUCUAUCACACAACCUCCUGGAAUCCAUUUUGAGAGCCAUUUUCGCUUCACCUGCGAGAAGCCUGGAGCACAUUGAUUUAAGCUGGAACUCACUCACUGUGUUACCAGCUGACUUUUUUAUCAACAUGCCAGCUCUGAAAAAGGUUAAUUUAGAGAAGAAUUUUCUAUAUUCGAUGCCAGAAAAACCAUGGGCAGCUAUCUGGAAGAUGCUAACAUAUUUGGAUAUUACAGGUAAUUUCAUAGAAUGUGACUGCAAUUUACUAUGGCUGCUGCCAAUUAUUUCACCGCCAGCCGUCAACGUCACUACUACGCCUGCACCAAAGCCUCUUCCUGGACAAAUUAUUCGAGGUACUUGCUCACGUAUCAUGAAACCUACGCUCUUUGCUACAAACUAUGAGUUAGUUACCUUGACCAGGGAUCGCCUACUGUGUUGAUUUCUCCACUUGGUGGAAAAGAAGGUUAAGGCUGAUAUUUUGUUUACAGAUCACAACCAAUUGCGUGUGAUUAAACAUUUUCUUUACUAACUGACUUAAGCGGCAUAUAAAAAAAAAAAAAAAAAAAAAAAAAAAAAAAAAAAAGACAAUAAA